AUGUAUCCUUCUGUUGCCAUCUCGCUUCGUACACUCGCUGCCUACCGUCAGUCGCACCGAACGUGUCCCCGGUUCAGUAUCCAAUCACAAUGCAAGACUUUAUGUUACCUUCACGAUAUUCCAUAUCGGCCAUACUUAAAAAUGCAAUUCUCGGCAGCCUAUGACAUUUUUCUAGAAAUCCUCCAUCGCAUCAACCAGCGUCUGCGUCAGGCGCUCAAACGGGAUACCGUCAACUGGCGUAUGUUAAACACAUGCCCUGCAUGCUUUUACAAGCUCGACGAUGAACCUGCCCUCGAUUUUGAAUGGCUGGUAUCAAUUGACGGUAACAAUAGCCUGAAGCGAUGGGACUCGUCCAUCUAUGGUACCACCGCCCGAUCUGAUUCUCGCACAGCUCGUUCGGAUUAUUGGAUUCAUGCUGACGCUGUUGACAAGUUUGAGAAUGAAGUCAAAUCCCGACAAACAGACUUGAGGAAUGAUGACGACUGGGAGGAUGAGCCUACAGACCCGGAUCAUCCGGGAGCAUUCACAUGCAUGUUUGCCGUAUUCCAAGAGUCAGGUAUUUUUAUCGCUUCAUGCCGCCAUCGCUUUGUGCUUCUCGCGUGUGAUAUGAUCCGAAGCGGAGAACUUGCGAAAUAUCCGAUAGCGAUCAUCGACAAACUCCUUACGGUAUAUGGAAAAAAUGGAGGUUGCGCGUACGAUAUUGGUUGCGCAUUCUCGAAGACGUUAGCUAAUAGUACGUUGGGCCCUCGUGCACACGAUCUCGGCUUUCGGAUGAUGGUUGGCGCCUUCCAUGGCCAUGCGCACAAUCGAAGGUGUCAGCUUGACUGGCACCCAAUGUAUAUCUCUGGAACUGGCCAUACUGAGGGCGAGGGUUGUGAGCAUAUCUUCUCUGCAUCUAACGAGCUUGCGCGUAGCACAAGGCAUGCUAACCGUUUUCAUCGCCACCAAGCCAUCGAGGAACAUUUCGCUUUUUGGGAUGCCGAUAAGUAUGCUGCACUUAGUAAUUAUUUGUGGACUCAUUAUCGCGAAGCGUUGAAAUCUGUUCGGUUGCUGACAGCCGAGCUAGAAACUAUCAAGGCCGAGCUACGCCUUAGCGACAACGACUUCCCUGGAUUCUUUGAUCAGGAAUGCAUAUAUCUGGAUGGUCUGAAGCAGCCAGCUCCACGAGAUCGACUCUCUAUACGUUACGUUGAAGUACUAGAUGAACUCGCUGAAAGAAGCUUGGAACAGAUGCAUGACGCCCUGAAGCAAGCUCGCAUCCGAGUUAAUUCUUCAUACGCCAAAUUACAGCAUGCCGAGGGGCUUGUUGCUCAUUGCGAAACACUCUUAUCUGUCGAUGAGAGAUGGUUGAUUGGCGGUGACGAAUACAAACGUUUCAAGGAGGAAGCGACACUCGGCAAGUAUCGUACUGCAUUGGAUGAACUCGAACGUUUGGUCGUCAUGAGAUUGUUUGAACUCUCAAAGCUCUCGUUAUCGGGCACAGGAUACAAACUACGUCAACAGAUUAGUAAAGCUUUACAGCGGCGCUCGGACACUAUUCGCAACGCGAUCAAUCACUACAAUAUCCAGGCUGCUUCCCUCAUCCCACCGAGACAAACGAUCGCAUGGAAAGACAUUGCCGAAUACAGUUUCCUUGGCGAGUUUGACCUUCUGCGUGACUCUCGUACUGACAUCCAAGACAAGGAUUGGGCAAGGCCAGCUCACCGUGAGGCGACUACAAAGUACUUCAAGCUCUGCCGAGCUCGCGAAGAAAUUAUUCGACUCAAUAUUGAAAUUCGCCGGCUCCGAACUGCUAUCCACGAUGAAACCAUUGACACGUCUGCCGUUAUCGACGAACUUCUUGUAGCUAACCCUUUGCUUGCUGCCGAGUUGAAACGCCAGUGGCGCUCACAGGCGGCUAUCAACGCUGUGCACACAUAUCGGUUAGAUCAGAUUGAGAGACUAUUUGGAUUCUCUGGUAUUAGUGGCAUUGGAACUCGCCUUGCGAAUCCUGCGUUCAGCAGACCAGUCAAUACCAACGGUGCUAGUUCCGCACAAGCAGAGAAUCCUGAUUCUUCUGCAUCGGAAUUCCAUGAUAUUGAAGCCCUUGACCGUGAAGAGCACGAAGUGGUCACCGAAGACAUGGCUGAUUUUUUGUACUCAAUAAACGACUGA